AUGGGUCCUGGCGCUCCUCGUCCUCCUCCCUCUCGGGCAGGUAAAGAACUUCCACUGGACGGCCUCUCGCAUACGCGCUUGGCCUGCUGCUUCUACUCGGCGCUUGCCUGCGCCACAGUGUAUGUCCUGUGGCUUCUGCGCGUCACUGUGCAGGGUUAUCGCCACCUGUUCCGGAAGCUGGCACGGAGGAAGCCUUUCAAAGGUGCAGCUUUGAUAAGAAUGCAUGGCCUCGGCGUGUUUCAGGCAGAGUGGUCUACGUAUUCUUCGGGGGCUCUGAUUGGUAACGCUUUGCUGGCCGUUGUGUCCAUCACGGCGCUGCUCACGAAUAUAUUUCUAUUGUUGAGCUUGGAGAGUUUCUGGAGCUUUGUUUUCUCCUUCUGGAGGGCCGGUGGAUUUGGUGUUAUACGCUCUUCUGUAUGUCACGCGGCGAUUUAUUUUCAUGGUCUGCAUUCCUAA